AUGCCAGUCAGACCAAAUGCACGAGUGCUGCGCGACAUGGCCACUCGCCAAGCCGUCCAGUCCAACGAACUCAUCCGUCGUGCCUUCAAGUACAUUGCGCGCAACACCACCUUGCCACAAAAGGUGCGUCACCAGGCGCAACUCCAACUCAACCAGUUUCCCAACAAGACUAGGCCCGUCAGCGUCUCAAAUCGAUGCACCGAGACAGGGCGUGGCCGUGGCAUCAUCUCCGAGUUCGGGCUGUGCAGGUACCAGUUCAGGAUGAAGGCGCUAGCGAACGAGUUGCCGGGAGUCAAGAAGGCUUCGUGGUAA